AUGAUUACUAUUCCACACAUUGUCAAUCUCGACCUCACUGGUCAAUGGAGAGAGAAUGGCGAAGGUACUGGAAGAGUUGCCACUGGAAUUGCUGUUCCAAAGGUCAACUCAUCCGAAUUUGCUGUUGUCUUGACUUUUGACGAUUCUGUUCUUUGGUUAUUGAAGCCAUCUCCAGAUCACAACCAAUUGCACGGACCAAGUGAUACUUUCACAAGAGUUCAUCCAUUGGUUGCUGAAGCUCCCUUCGGUACUUACCAAGAAAAGAGCGGAAAGGUUUGGCAAGUGACAGCCUCUGGCCCAACUUCAUUCGUUUUGCACAAUCAACAAGAUGGUAGAAAUGCUGAUGGUUACUUCUCAAGAGAUCCAACCAAUGGAAUGUACACUGUUUUCAUCAACUUCCAUAACAAUGGACAAGAUCACUUGUUGAAGGUUGUCACCAACACUUUGACUUCCUUGCCAUUGAGCAAUGGUGAUGUCUUUACCAAGAUUAAUUAA